GCAGGGCGCGUCGAGAUGUCGCCGUGUGGGCUCGGGCGGUACUUCUGCACGGCGGGCCGCGGGCUCGAGCCCUUCCUCGCGCGGGAGGUGCGGGCGCGGCUCGGCGCCACGGAGGUGGACUGCGUCUCGGGAAAGGUGUUUUUCAGCGCGGCCGCGGGACCGGGCGAGCUGAGGAAGCUGCGGUCGGGGGAGCGGCUGUUCCUGCUGCUGAAGAAGCACAGCCCGCUGGCAGUGUCUGGGAACAAAGGGAAAAUGCUACAUGAGAUUAAAAGCCUUGUAAUUGAGGAACCGAAAUAUUGGUUGGAUAUUAUCUCUGUUUGGAGAAACCUUCAUGGAUAUGAGGGGAAAAAAGGUGAUGUCGCUCGAGAAAACCCAUUGGCUCUGAAGAGAAAGUCAGAAGAAGAGACAAAUAGUGCAAGUAAACAAGAGAGAGACGUUGUGUCUGAGGAAUGUCAGGUGGAAGCUGGAGAGAGGUGUGUGGUGCCAGAGAGAAUCAGUGAUCAGGAGUGUCGGACUGAGAGCAGCGCUUCCUCAGAAGACCCUUCCAAAGACAGUGGAGAGAAUUGUACUGCAAAUGAACAGCUUCGCUUCAGUUUCAGAGUGUCUUGUCGUUGCAGUGGAGCAAUUGCCAAAAUACUGACUUCACAGGAGAUCGGAAGAGCCAUUGGCAUAGCACUCAUGAAGCAGUGUGGGUGGCGUGCUGAUCUGCGGGACCCUGACCUUGAGAUCUUUGUACAUCUUAAUGACAUUCACUCUGUGGUGGGGAUUCCUCUUUUCAGGCUUCCAUUGGCAAACAGAGAGUAUAUCAAAACAGCAGGACUGCGCUCAACAGUUGCAUGGGCCAUGGCAUCUCUGGCCGAAAUCCGUGCUGGUGCCUUUGUGCUGGAUCCCAUGUGCGGGCUAGGAACGAUACUGCUGGAGGCUGCCAAAGAGUGGCCUGAAGCCUGUUACUGGGGUGCUGAUAUAAGUGAUUCACAGUUAGAGGGUGCAGAUGUGAAUAUUAGAACUGCAGGCUUAAUGGAUAAGAUUGAGUUGCUUAAAGCUUCGGUGAAAGCCCUGCCGUUGCCUUCAGAAAGCUUUGACGCUGUGAUUUCGGAUAUUCCAUUUGGGAAGAAGUUCAAGAUCACGAAUGAUGCCCAGCUCCUACCGGAUAUUCUCCAGGAAAUGGAGAGAGUGCUCCGUGUUGGAGGGACUAUUGUAUUGCUGCUGAGCCAAGAUCUCCGAAAGCGCAUGGAUGGCUUGACCACGUGUGCUGGAAGUGACUCUCCUGAGGCCACUGCUGAUGGCACCAGUGAAACAGCCACUGCAAAAGCCCCAAGUGUUGAUGAGAAUCCUUCCUCUGUGGCAGAUGGUGUUGGAGAAUCCUUUCUCAGCAGCAGACAGACACAUUUUGGGUCUCUGGUGCCGGAUGGUGUCUACGGGGUUAGUCUUGGGAAGACAGAGGCUUUCAUAUACAAAUACAGGAAGAUCUCUGCUGCCAGGAAUCGGUAGCUUUCUGGCACUGUGCUGAAGGAACUUGAAUCCUGAGACACUUCAGAAGCAGCUUGGCAUGACCAGUGGAACCCUUCUGAUGCAAACGAAUCCCGUGCCAUUUCUUAGCUCGCCUCACAUUCUUUGGAUGUCCUAAGGCACUGCUUCUCUCUGGUUUUUAGGAGAGAUGGAAGGUGCCUACCAGAGUUUCAACUGGUUUCCCUGUAUUGUGCACAGUGAAACAGUAUAUGGUAUAUUGUAAUAAGCCAAAGUCCUCAAAUCCUUGUUAAGGCAAAGCUGCUCAUUAAUGGGAGGAGUUUCUAUGGGAGAGAAAGUAUUUAGUGAACUGCAAACCCAAAUGUGGUAGCAUUAAAUGUAAAUGGAUGUUCACCUUCAGCAGUGUUUAUCAAGAAGCACAUCUUGUCUGAAGAAGUCUCCAUCUCUUUUUGAGGGGUAGACGUAUGCUUUACCUGGCAGUCUUUUAUUUUAAAGCUUGUUUCUGGUAAGUUUGUGAGAUCUCUUGGAGUGGAAAAUAAACUAUUUUAUGUAUUAA